GGCGACGCGCUCAUCACUACCUGCACCUACGACACCCGGACGCGCCCCAACGUGACGCUGGGCGGGCACGCCAUCGUGGACGAGAUGUGCGUCAACUACAUCCACUACUUCCCCAAGGUGGACCUCGAGGUGUGCAAGAGCUCCGUCAGCGACGCCAGCCUGCAGAGCUACUUCCGGCUGCUGAGAGAGCUCGACGGCCAAGACACCGGGCCCCACCUGGGCGUGGCCGACAACUACAAGACGGUGGAGUGGACGCCGGUGCGCGCGCGCGUGCUGUCCGCCCUGUACGACGAGUCGCCCCUGGCCAUGCAGUGCAACCGCUCGAGCGGCGCGCGCUUCCCCGGCGAGUGGUCCGCCAUGCCGCCCACCCUCGUCCGCCAGCCCCUGGACGCCCCCGAGCGGCACUGCCACGCCCGCGGCGACCUGGACGGCGAGCAACACGAGGCGGCGGCACCGCGACGAGGGGCGGCCGCCGAGGCCAUGGAGGACUGGGGCCAGGCCGACGACAUGGAGUGGAGCAGUGGAGGGACGCCGCCCAACAAGGGUUAGGAGGAGGAAGGGGCGAGGGGCGAGGGGCGAGCAGCGGGCGGAGCGCGAUAUCUGACGAGCGCUCUCAACAAGGAGUCGACGGGGGAAGGUGUCAACUGUUGAUCCUAUCCCAAAGAAGACGGCUUGCGGACAUCAUCUGCAGUAAGAGUAUCAGUAACUGUCGAAUGUGAACAUCGUUCAAUAGUUUUCCCCCCGUCAAGUCAUGGUUCGGUUCUGGGAGGCCCUCUGACCCAGGCUUUCUCUCUGCACGAGCAAAGUUGUUGUAUUGUUUACGAACCCACACAGACGGCCACCUCGGAAAUAGUGUUGGCACUUAGAUUUUAAUAGAGCAAAAAGGCACAGCGUUUUAGUUAGCUUUUCUGCAGAAAAAAAUGGUCCAUCACCAAUGAGAAAAAGAAAAAGACCAAAGUAAAAGUUCAUAAAAAAGAAAAUAUUGAAAAGAUGAUUACUUUGCCUUUGCUUAGAAGACAAUAAUUGUAUUGAUUUCUUUAGCAAUAACUGUGAGCAAUGUUCCAGCCAUAGCAUUCUCUCACUUUGCACCUAAUCUAAUGUAGUAAUUACAAGUACCUAAAGUGUUAAAGUUACAGACAUACAUCAAUAACAAAUAAUAACAGCUUCUAGGUGAGUUUUUUC